GGGAAAAGUGUUUCUUAAAUUUAUUUCGAAAACAAAAGGAGACUUUGUUUUUUCGUUCAAUUUUGGUCCGUAUUUACCAGCUUUUAAGGUCGUAGAAGCAAUAAUUCACUGAUCGUUUGCCAUUGAUUGAUUAGUUCAGUCAGAUUCAGUGUCUUCACUCUGUCUAUUCUGUUUCUUGAUUUUCCUCAAUUGUUUUCUUUUCAUAAACUAAGACAAAAUGGAUGUGUUUUGGGAGAGAAUGCUCAAUGACCCAAAGAAUGAAUUCUCAGAAGAGCAAAAACACUUAUUGUACGAAUCACGAUCGAGGGUUCGCCGAAAUAAGUUUAUUGGAAUCAUUGGAGGAUUUUUUAUCCCAAUCGUUCUGGCACGAAAGCGCAAAAUCUCUCCCCUUCGAUUAUACGCUACGUCUGUCAUAUCAGGUAUAGCUGGAAAUGGGAUCGCCCAGAUCGUCACCAUGGGAUACAAUGUAUCUCAAGUGAAAAAGCGCCCUGAUGGUCCGGACAUCUUACGGAAAAUCCAACAAGCACUUAUUCGACAGCGUGCUAUGAUGCAAGAAAGAACAAACUUUCCUCCUUCAUCGAAUAUUCCUUCACCUGGUCAGAUACAGAAUCCAUUGGGAAAUGGAAAACAGGAAGCUUCUUCUAAUGAUUCAAACACGUUAGGCAUAUCCAUGCCCCAGGAUUCUUCCAACCAGGAAGAGUCUCCCAAAUCUGCAUGGGACCGUAUUCGAGAAAAGAACGCUUUGAAUCGUACAAAUGGAAAAGAACAAAAGGAUUUCUCUUUCCCUGUCGAGGAUGAAAAUCAAGAGAAAACGUCCUGGGAUUGGCCGAGAGAUGCUACUGACUCAAAGGUUCAAAGCGAAGAAGAAAGAGAAUUUCAAAAGCAGCAAACUGAGUUUGAUAAGAUGGUAUGGGGCUCCGGCGGUUCUUCGAACAAGGAUCUCACGACUUGACAUUGGAAAGAGCCUUACUAAACGAUCCUUAAACUCCCCAGUUAUUUCGAGAAAGCCUAUAAUUUAUUUGGCCCCACAAUCGUCGGUUGAAUUUAUAUUUAUUACUUAGUUAAUUCCAAUAAGCAAAACUGGACUGAUGUUAUUUUCGACAUUCGAAACUAUGAGCUCUUCCUUUGUUUCCAUUGACAAAAUGAAGACAAAAAUUUAUUGAUUUUAUUUAGUCACUUAUACUUGUUUAUGAAUGAAAUGCUGCAAAGAUAUCUAAUAUGCAA